CUCCAGACGAGCAACAAGAUGCAAAUGAGCUACUUGAUGAUGCCCUAGAAAAGCAACUCGUACUCGUUGUAGAGAAGAGCCAUCAACAAGGAGAAGUUGAAGUGCUACCUUCCAAGAGCAUAGUGGAAGAAUCUUCAUCUGCUUGCUCAAUUAAGAUCAAAAAUCAAGAAGAAGUAACAACAAAUAAUGACAGUAGUGACGAAGAUGAAAAGCCC